AUGGUUGUAAGGAAGGUGGGGAAAUAUGAGGUGGGGAGGACAAUUGGAGAAGGGACAUUUGCGAAAGUGAAGUUCGCGCAGAAUACGGAGACUGGAGAGAGCGUCGCCAUGAAAGUCCUCGAUCGCUCCACCAUCAUCAAGCACAAGAUGGUCGAACAGAUUAAGAGGGAGAUAUCUAUAAUGAAGCGUGUCAGACAUCCAUAUAUUGUUCGUCUACAUGAGGUCAUAGCAAGCCGGACGAAGAUCUACAUUAUCUUGGAAUUUAUCACAGGUGGCGAGUUGUUUGAUAAAAUAGUUCACCACGGGCGACUCAGUGAAUCUGAAUCUCAAAGAUACUUCCAACAGCUCAUUGACGGUGUAGAUUAUUGCCACAGUAAGGGAGUCUAUCAUAGAGAUUUAAAGCCUGAAAAUCUUCUACUAGAUUCACAAGGAAAUCUUAAAAUAUCUGACUUUGGACUUAGCGCAUUUCCUGCAGAAGGAGUUAACCUUCUCCGAACAACUUGUGGUACUCCUAAUUAUGUUGCGCCAGAGGUACUUAGUCAUAAGGGCUACAAUGGUGCUUUGGCUGAUAUCUGGUCAUGCGGUGUCAUUCUUUAUGUUCUUAUGGCUGGUUAUCUACCAUUUGAUGAAGUUGAUCUAACAACGUUGUAUGGCAAGAUAGAGAAAUCAGAGUUUUCUUGCCCGUCCUGGUUUCCAGUUGGAGCAAAAUCCUUGAUUCAUCGAAUAUUAGAUCCAAAUCCUGAAACGCGCAUUCGUAUAGAAGAGAUCAGAAAUGAUGAGUGGUUUAAAAGGGGCUAUGUUCCUGUAAAACUUGCUGAAAGUGAAGAAGUUGAUUUGGAUGAUGUCAAUGCUGCUUUUGAUGAUCAUGAGGAAGAACUAUGUAAUGAGCAAUGUGGGAACGAGGAUGUGGGCCCUCUGGUUCUGAAUGCGUUUGAUUUGAUUAUUCUGUCUCAAGGAUUAAACCUUUCAGCAAUAUUCGAUCGCAGGCCGGAUUCAGUGAAACACCAAACCCGUUUUGUUUCACAGAAGCCUGCAAAGGUUGUUUUAUCGAGUAUGGAAGUUGUUGCUCAAUCAAUGGGCUUCAAGACACACAUUCGUAACUAUAAGAUGAGGGUGGAAGGUCUUUCUGCAAAUAAGACUUCGCAUUUCUCUGUAAUUCUGGAGAUUUUUCAAGUUCCUCCUACAUUUAUCAUGGUUGACAUUCAGAAAGCAGCUGGAGAUGCUGAUGAAUAUCUUAAGUUUUACAAGAACUUCUAUAACAACCUUGAUGAUAUUAUCUGGAAGCCCCCUGAUGAAACGAGCAAAUCGAGGAUUACCAAAACUAAGAGUAGAAAGCGAUGA